ACAGCCCUGCUCCUCUGUGCUCUGCUUGCUUCAGUAGACACCUCUGGACUCUGCCAGACAUUCCCUCCCUUACGAAAAAGAAGUUUAUUCAAAUUUUCGGAUCUUCCUCUGAUCAUAUGUUUCUGACUUUUCCAAAAUCCUCAACGGGUCUGAAGAGAGCAAAGAGAGGUUGGGUUAAUCCUCCGAUCAGUGUACUUGAAAACAGCAAAGGUCCUUUCCCAAUGAAGCUGGUCAAGAUAAUAUCACAAUUUGCUCUGGAAACUCAAAUGGUAUACAGAAUCACAGGUGAAGGAGCAGAUCAAGAUCCAAAGGGGAUUUUCACUAUUGAAAGAUUAUCAGGGUAUUUCUUUGUGACUCAGCCACUCGACAGAGAAAAAAAAGCUUCAUACAGAUUUAUAGUUCAUGCUACAGGACUUGAUGUGAAUGUAGCAGAAAAACCAAUGGCUAUUGAGGUCAAUGUGAUCGACCAAAAUGAUAAUAAGCCUGUGUUUACUCAAAACCCUUUUAAUGGACGUAUUCAUGAAGCGGCUGGAAAAGAUUACGAGUUUAUGACGGCCACAGCCACUGAUGCAGAUGACCCAAAUGAGUACAAUGGUAUAGUCUACUACGCAAUUAUCAGCCAAGAGCCGCAGCUUCCAAAACCAAACAUGUUUGAUAUCAACAUUUCAGCUGGAACCAUUUGUGUGCGAGAACCAGGCCUGGACAGAGAGCAAUGGCCCAGAUAUACUUUGUUAAUUGUGGCUGCUGACAUGGAAGGAAAAGGUUUGUCAACCAAUGGCACAGCUGUUAUUACGAUUACUGACAGCAAUGAUAACUCGCCUCAGUUUGAGCAAACCUCGCACAUCGUAUCUGUCCCAGAGAAUAAAGUCGGGGCUGUAGUGGCCACACUUACAGUUACUGAUGGAGAUGAAGUUGGAUCAUCUGCCUGGUCAACCAAGUAUCGGAUUAUUAGUGGUGACAAGGGUGGGUUUUUCAAUGUCAGUACUGGACCCACCCAGCUGGAGGGCAUCAUCACCACUGUAAAGCCCCUGGACUUUGAGAAAACCAAGCAAUACAUUCUGUCUGUGAUUGUUGAGAAUGAUGGUCCUUUUGUCGGUUCUUUGCCCACUUCCACUCCCACAGUCACAGUGAAUGUAGAAGAUAUAAAUGAACCUCUCGAGUUCAAUCCAAAGAUGAAGGUUAUUGCCAAACCUAAAGAUUCAACAGCUGAUAGUGAAUUGGUCAUUUAUACAGCCACUGAUGAGAGUGCAAAUAAACCUCAGACUGAGCAAUC